UGGAGAAUGGGACUCGGCGGGCAGCGCUUGGAGCAGGUGCAGAAGCAUCCUUGUUCCCGCUGCUGGGGCUAUUCCUUCUCCGGUCUCUGAGUCAGGGAAGGACAAGCAUUCUUUACCGCUAGAGCUUCAGUGAACUGUUGCCCAGAACCUAGGCACUUCUGACAUUUCAUCUCACCCCUUAUUCCGCGUUCACUGUAUAAAUCACCUGCACAUUUGUACCCUGUGAAUCUUCCUUCUGCUCGAUGCUCAGAGCAGGGGUCAAAAGGGAUUUCAAGUGUUCCGAACGAGAGGGGCUUUCCUGACUGCGGAGAGCUGUCUAAGGUGCUGAAGCUUUCCUGCGUUCGUCUCCUGCAACACCACACAGAGUUAGGUUGCACAUUUUCAUUCCUGGCUUUCUCUUCCCCCAUGCCUUGGCUAAGACUAAUUUCAGGAUCGUGAAAAUCUCUCCGUAUCAUGGCCCACGUGAGACACUUUCGGACAUUAGUUUCGGGAUUUUACUUCUGGGAAGCAGCACUGUUACUCAGCUUGGUUGCAACAAAGGAAACAGACAGUGCAAGAUCUCGAAGUGCUCCAAUGUCACCUUCUGACUUUCUGGAUAAAUUAAUGGGGAGAACAUCAGGAUAUGAUGCAAGAAUUAGACCCAACUUUAAAGGUCCUCCUGUUAAUGUCACAUGCAACAUAUUCAUAAACAGUUUUGGCUCCAUCGCUGAGACAACAAUGGAUUACAGAGUGAAUAUCUUUCUGCGUCAGAAAUGGAAUGAUCCUCGCCUUGCAUAUAGUGAAUAUCCUGAUGACUCUUUAGACCUAGACCCUUCCAUGUUGGACUCCAUUUGGAAACCUGAUUUGUUCUUUGCCAACGAAAAGGGUGCCAACUUUCAUGAAGUUACUACAGAUAAUAAAUUGUUAAGAAUUUUCAAGAAUGGUAAUGUUCUUUAUUCAAUAAGAUUGACAUUAACACUUUCUUGUCCAAUGGAUCUCAAGAAUUUUCCAAUGGAUGUACAAACAUGUAUAAUGCAACUGGAAAGUUUUGGGUACACAAUGAAUGAUCUCAUUUUUGAAUGGCAAGAUGAGGCACCCGUACAAGUGGCCGAAGGACUCACUUUGCCCCAGUUUCUGCUAAAAGAAGAGAAAGAUUUACGAUACUGCACUAAACAUUACAACACAGGAAAAUUUACGUGUAUAGAAGUGCGAUUCCAUCUGGAACGACAAAUGGGAUACUAUCUGAUCCAGAUGUACAUUCCCAGCCUCCUGAUUGUUAUUCUAUCAUGGGUUUCGUUUUGGAUCAAUAUGGAUGCUGCACCCGCCAGGGUAGCCUUGGGGAUAACUACUGUGCUGACUAUGACCACCCAGAGCUCAGGAUCACGAGCUUCCUUACCAAAGGUUUCUUAUGUCAAAGCGAUUGACAUUUGGAUGGCAGUAUGCCUCCUUUUUGUGUUUUCAGCACUUCUGGAAUACGCAGCUGUAAAUUUUGUAUCAAGACAACACAAAGAACUUCUGCGAUUUCGACGGAAGAGAAAGAAUAAGGAUGAUGAGGUAAGGGAAAGUCGAUUCAGCUUCACAGCCUAUGGAAUGGGACCCUGUCUGCAAGCAAAAGAUGGUGUGACCCCAAAGGGCCCAAAUCAUCCUGUCCAGGUAAUGCCGAAAAGCCCUGAUGAAAUGAGGAAGGUUUUUAUCGACAGAGCCAAGAAGAUUGACACCAUCUCUCGAGCCUGUUUCCCAUUAGCCUUUUUGAUUUUUAAUAUUUUCUACUGGGUUAUCUAUAAAAUUCUUAGACAUGAGGAUAUUCAUCAGCAACAAGAUUAAGCCUCUAGGGGCAUGCAAGUGCAAAUGAUCAAUUCAAAAGAAAGUUUCUUUGCCAUAGGUGUGUGUGUGUGUGUGUGAGUGUGUGUGUGUGUGUGUGUGGCAUACAAAUGAUGACCAUCAUAUUAAAAUGGUGUAUCGGAAGGUACUAUGAUUUGCUAUGCAGAGUCACAAGGUAGAUUAAGAAUCUUUUACUGAAUACAAAAAUAUGUAUUAUGAGGAUUCUAUUUCCUAUUAAUUUAAGAUUAUCUGUCCUUUCAUAGUAUAUCAUGUAAGUGGAAAUAUUAUUGCCAACGUGUUUGUGUUGUUAUAUAAUAUCACAUAAUAGUACAUGUGAAGACUACUUUGAAAAUCUUUGGUUUUCAGUUCAAUAACAUUAAAUCUUACAAAAGUAAAAUUUGCACAAUUAACUUUAUAAAUGGAGAAAAGUGGAAAUGUUGAAGAUUUUAAAAAUCAGUAGCUUGAGGUUUUAAAAUAUUUUCUUAUGCUGUAGCUACAAAAUAGAAAAAUAAUAAAUUAAUUC